AUGGAAGAACAAGUCUCGAGCGAAUCUAAUAUGGCCGCCACGACAGAGUCCGGGAGCGUACCCAUUAUCACCGGCUUUAUGGGGAUGAUCCCCUAUUUCGCCAAUGCAUCUACGGACACCCUUGAGAUUCAUAGAUUUUUUAUGACUUUAGAGAAUGUGGCCGAACUGGCGAAAUGGGAGGAAUCUGUAAAAAUCUCUGUACUACAAGCUCGCUUAAAGGGUGAGCCAUUGUCAAUCUUUUUUGACUUGAAGGAACAGGGAGUGAAUGACUAUUCCCGCUUUAAGGGAGCCCUCAUAAAAUGUUUCAAUCGAAAAGAAAGGGCUCAGAAUUACCUUAGCCUAUUAGUAAACGUAGCUCAAAAGCGGGAAGAAUUGGUAUGUAAUUAUGCUAUCCGUGUGAAUUCCCUGUUUUCGAAGGCUGCAAUCCGCAACGCUAAAUUGGGUUCACUUCAAGAUGAAUUGGUUAAGGAUAGUUUUAUAAAAGGGCUAGUGCCCGAACUAAGGAAAUCUGUUAUGCAGAGGCACCCACAAACCUUAGAGGAAGCAAUUGAGUUAGCCGAGGCUGAGGAAGAGGUAGAGCUCGUUUGUAGAAAGCGAAGCCUUGUCAGUGAAGUGAGUGUAACAGUAAACCAGGAACCCAGCCAGGUCGAACAGAAAUCUAAAAUAGACAAAUUGGAACUGAAGGUAGACCAACUAAGUGAGUCAUUCAAGUCGAUGUACGAGCUAGUUAAGGAGAACCAGAGUCAGAGAAUUGACCGGGUGGAGAGGAGAAGAUGUUUCACUUGCGGAAAUGUAGGUCACCUGGCAAAAUUUUGCACAAGGCAAAGACCUUUAAACUAA